AUGGUGGAGAGAGAAAUUUACCACAGGUCUUUCACUUUCGGGACUUGGAACGUACGAGGUUUAACAGAAAAAAAGCAAGAGACUUUUGCUGAAAUUGAAAGAGAAAACAAAGAUGUGGUUGUACUCACAGAAACUAAACUCAGAGGAUCUGGAAAAGAGGAAUAUCCAAACUAUAUCCAUGUUUACAGCGGUGUUAGAGUUGGUGCUGCCAGAGCCGGCGUCUCUGUUCUCGUCAAGAAAGAAUUUUCCUCUGGUAUGAGAUGGAAAGUAGUUAACGAACGAAUAAUCAGAGUCAGGCUUAAAGUAGGGGUGCAUAAAAUCGUGGUUCUCGGUGUUUAUUGGGUUGAUGAUUGUGCUAAGACUGAAGUUAAAGACAGAUUUCAAACUGCAUUGUGCAAGGUUUUGAAAAACAUAAAACUUACAGACGAGAUUGUCAUUCUAGGGGACUUCAAUGCCUGGGUUGGUACAUCCAUCAGCAGCAGAGCAAUUGGAAGAUUCGGAGAGGAAAAAAUGAACAACAAUGGCAGGAGACUUAUUGAUGUUUGUGAAAUCUUUCAUUUGAAGAUUUUAAACACAUUCUUUGAUCACGAAGACAUGCAUAAAUACACUUGGUACGAUAAAAGGAGCAAUUCAAAGUCAAUAAUUGAUUAUUGCAUAGUCAGACAAGACACUAUUUUGAAAUUCGUGGAUGUUAUUGCUUGUAGAUGGCUGGAAUGUGGCACAGAUCACAUUUACUUAGAGGCGGUGGCAAUAUUUUCUUCGAUUCCGCCUCCAAAGUCAUCUUUGCGUAUGUAUAAUUCCUAUUUGUUAUUUAGUGAGACAAUUGAAGCCAAAUAUAAAGAACACCUUGAUAGACACAUAAUUUUAAAUAAGUAUAAGUCAACAGCGGAUUUGUAUCAGCACUUUAAGGAAGUGAUACAUUCUGCCGCUACUGAUGUCUUGGGAAUUGAUCCACUGGGUGAUAGGUCCGAGUUUUUGUGGGAUGAAGAACUUAGAAAAUUAAGGUGCAAAAGAAAGGAAUAUAAUAUAGGCAUAAAUUAUAUUUACCACCCUAAAUCAGAAGUAAAAAUAGAAGUUUGGAAAGGAAUUUGCAAAGCUAUUGAAAAAAUUCCAAAACAGUUUCAAAGGAACAAAGUGAUCUGCAAUAUCCUAAAAGAGUUUCAGAACCAGUCUGUUACAACUCUAACAGCAGACAAAGAAUUUCUUGAAAUUUACUUUAAAAAUUAUUUUAAAGAGUGCCGCCCAGAAUUCAUUGGUGAUUUAGAAAGAUGCAUUGGACAAUCUGGUUUUUCCAUAUUUCCUGCAGAUAUCAUACAAGCUUUAAAUGAAUUCGAAGAUUUUGACGUGCCAUCACCUGGUGGUAUCAGUAUGCGUCUGCUAAAGCAUGGCAGCAAUAACUUAAAAAAGCUUUUGAAGGAUUUAAUUCAAGCAAUCUUUGAUGGCCAUACAAUACCAGAGGAAAUAAAUGAAAUGUUUUUCAUUUAUCAUUCCGGCGACGAGAAACUGUUGAAUCUUAUAAAUUGUUCAAAAUGUGUUUCUCACACUGUUAUGCAG